GAUUUUGCAUCGAGAAAAAAAAAUUGCCCUCUUACGUGGACCACCAAUUUGCAUCAAUAUUCCGCAAUUUUCCCUCCGAAUCACUUCCGAAUUAUCAAUAGAGAGGCAACACAGGGAAAUUGUUGAUAUCACAAGCAUGUGACAGAAGAAGUUUCGAGAACAUCAGUGACGAAAAGAUUGAGUGAACGCCAGUCAACCAUUUGCCACCCGCACAAAGGACUCUCUCCCAUUCUCUCCCUUUUCUGAAUUAAAAAGAAAGUAGGGCCUUCAGGGGAUAAAUCAGGGGUGAGUGAUAUCACCAGUAAUCAGCCGAUUGCUGUGGGAUUUUGUGACAUUGAGGAUUAACAAAUUUGUUGACUAAAAGGGGACUAAACUCGAGGUUAUGUCUGAAGAGCAUCAGUUGCCCUCUGAUUCAGACGAGGACGACGAAGAUUACGUGCCCGAUGGAGCUGAUGAGGCUGUGUCCGAGGCGGAGUCAGAAGGUGAUGCUGAGAGUGGUCCUGAAGACGAGAACAACGAGAAUGAACAAUUGACGACGCAGAAAGGGAAGAAACGUGGUCGGAGGUGUAAAAAGGGUUCUAAGCGGAGGAAACGUUGCGGGGUUGAGGAAGAAAUCCUGGAGACUGAGGAGAAGAAGGAGGAGGCUAAGGUUUUGACUGAGGAGGAGGAGAAACAACGAGCUGAUUCACUGUGGGCUGAUUUCAUGAAAGAUACAGGUACAAUAGCGAGACCAAAGCCCCAGAAUUCCACAAAUGGUGGAGCAACUACUCCCCCAAUUCGCCCGAAGCCCGAAGAGAAGGUGAAAAUAACAAAAGUCUUUGAGUUCGCUGGGGAAGAAGUAAAAAUCGAAAAGGAAGUGUCAGCGACCUCGGCAGAAGCUCGACUGUCCCUUCUCUCUUCAGAGAAGCCCCGGCCGACUCCAGAGGCUGCUCCAAGGCCUUCAGGACGUGGUGGAGGGGCCAAAAAAGGUGGCCUCGGUGGUAUUUCCUCCGUCCUCGGUCAAAUUGGCAAAAAAACAAAGAUCUCAACCCUAGAAAAAUCAAAACUCGACUGGGACAAUUUCAAAAAACAGGAAAAUCUCGAUGAAGAGAUAACGACCCACAACAAAGGUAGAGACGGUUUCCUGGAGCGUCAGGACUUCCUCCAGCGAGCGGACAUGCGUCAAUUUGAGAUUGAGAAGCAGCUGAGGACAACAGCACGACGGAGCAAUCGCUGAAAGGCCCGAAAAAUCCAAGGGAAAAACCAAAAUCACGAUUUUCAUUCAGUGAAUCGUGCGAUUUUCUACUUCUCCGACUCAUCAAACCCAGGGAAAUUUCAUGAACCCGUGAACUGCCGAUUUAGAUAGGAGUAUUGAACCAUUCCAGUGCAUCGAGACUCAGUAAUUUCAUUGAUUAAUCUUCAUAAUUCAACAAAUGCCAAAUUGAAUGAAUGAUAAUGUCUGCACUCGUCUCGUCUCGUCUUGUCUGAUGUUUAGUAUCUGUCUUGAGAUUUUUAAUAGUGGAAAAUGCACAAGAUGUUGCAAUUACUUAACACACUCAGGUGAUAAUGAUUCUGAUGCCUACAAGACUAUGCUUACAAUUGAACUGAACAGUAUGUACGAAAUAAAUAUGAACAAAUAUGUGAAAAUUGAAA